UAUCCACACCUCCUCCACUCGCGAUAGCUGCUCGCCUCAGAAGCCUCCAUAUUGUGAGACGGUAUUUUGUUUCUCCUGGAGGAGAAAAGAGGAGAAAAGAAGAAAAAAGCAGCGGAGUCGAGACGAUAGCGAGGCGCUGUCACAAGUAUCUCCGAGCCUCUCCACCGGCGGGGGGUCGUGGGGCUGUAUCCCCCCCAGUAGAGGACCGAGGAGGCCCAGGCCUCGGUGCGGCCAGAGCUCCGGGUCCGCGGCAGGGCUUCCCCCGCUCGGCUUCUCUUCCUGCUGGAGACCCGCUGGCCCGGGGAGCGGCGGCGGUAGGAGACGAUGAUGAUGCUGGAGGAGUGCUGUGUCCAGCGGUGACCCCUAGCUGACCCCACCGGCCCUGCCCCUGGAGCGAGCGGUCCUGCCCUGCCUCUAGACGAAUGGCCCAGGGAAGCCAGCAGAUAGACACUCAGGUUUUACACGAGCUGCGGCAGAAGUACCCGGAGGUCCCCGAGGGCGUGGUGUCCCAGUGCGCCCUGCAGCCGCUCUCUGUGUCCGUCCAGAACAACAACAACGUGGACGCCUGCUGCGCCUACCUGUCCCAGGUGAGCCCCGCCUACCUGUACAGCGAGGAGACCGAGAGCCUAUCGGACGCCAGCAUCUCCGGGCUCCGGAAGCACAUGACCAAGCUGAGCCUGGGUCUGACCACCCCGGCUCCCAGCGGCACCCCCCCGGGGCCCAGGAUGAACGGCAGCAGGACGCUGGCCCACAGCCUGGGGGACGGGCCCCUGCAGACCCCCGCCGCACCCGCCUCCGACUUCUACCAGCAGGAGGCGCAGGGGCCCCCCCGCCCGGCGGCGUACGGCUCGAUGGACGCCCCCCAGCGCAAGCCCCAGCCCCCGCAGCACCUGGGGCUGUACCCGGCCAAGGGGCCCCAGGGCGGCCCGCCCCCCCGCUUCAACCCCAUCACCGUCACCCUGGCCCCCAAGACGGGCCGCAACACCCCCACCUCGCUGCACAUCCACGGGGGGCCGCAGGCGGGCAUGGGCAGCCCCCAGGGCAACGCCAUCUACAUCCGGCCCUACGUCAGCCAGACGGGGGUCCACCGGGGCCCCCAGCCCGGCCCCGCCCGCGCCCAGUACAGCCCCACCUCCCAGCCCCCCCAGAUGUACCAGAUCAACCCCCACCCGCCCUGCCCGGCGGGGGCGUGGCCCGGCCUCCCCCACGCCUCCUCCUCGCAUACCUCGCAGCACCAGGGCCCCCACCAGGGCCCCCACCAGGGCCCCCACCAGGGCGCCCACCAGACCUCCCACGUCUACAUGCCCAUCAGCUCCCCCACCACCCCCCAGGCGCCCUCCUCCCUCCUGCAGGCCCCCGCCGGCCCCCAGCCGCCCCCCUCCUUCAGCCAGUACAACAUCCAGAACAUCUCCACCGGGCCCCGCAAGAACCAGAUCGAGAUCAAGCUGGAGUCGCCCCAGCGGAGCUCCAGCAGCGCCCUGCUGCGGGCCUCAGGCGGCCCGCGCUCCAGCGCCUCCUCCAACUCCUGCCCGGCCUCGUCCUCGUCCUCGGGCCCCUCCCACAGCGCGCCGCUGGCCAUCGGGGGGCUGAGCCGCAGCCAGCCCACCGUCUACAUCUCGGCCAGCCCCCCCGCCGCGCACCACCCGCCCUCCGCCCUCGGCGAGGACGGCCCCCCGAUGGCCGCGGCCGUGCCCCCCCCCCGCGGCGCCCCCAAGUUCUACAUCUCGGCCGGCGCGGAGGACGGCGGCGGCGGCCGCAACCCGCCCACGGUCUACAUCUCGGCCAACGCCCCCAUGCAGGGCUCGGGGUCGGGGGCGCGGGCCAUGGGGGGCGGGCUCAGCAUGGGCCCCGCCUACAUCCACCACCACCCGCCCAAGUCCCGCGUCGGGCACGCGGGGGGGGCGGCGGGGGGCGGGAUGGGGGCCUCGUCCCCCCGGGUGGUGGUCACCCAGCCCAACACCAAGUACACUUUCAAGAUCACGGUGUCGCCCAACAAGCCCCCCGCGGUCUCCCCCGGCGUGGUGUCCCCCACCUUCGAGACGGCCAACCUGCUGCCGCUCCCGGAUCACCACUUCAGCGAGGCGGAACCCCCCCCGCAGCCAGACCCCCAGGGCCGGGACCCCCAGGGCCGGGACCGGCCCAGCGAGCACCGCCGGCUCAGCGCCGGCUCGGACGACGCGGCCUACACACAAGCCCUGCUGGUGCACCAGAAGGCCCGUAUGGAGCGUCUGUGGAGGGAGCUGGAGGUGAAGAGGCAGCGGCUGGAGAAGCUGAAGGAGGAGGUGAACGACAUGGAGAACGACCUCACCAGGAGGCGGAACGAGAGGUCCAACUCCGCCUCGCAAACACCCUCCAACGAGGAGAUGAAACAGUUGAGGUGUAAAAACCGGAUCCUGCAGAUUGACAUCGACUGCCUCACCAAAGAGAUCGAUCUCCUGCAAACACGAGGACCACACUUUAACCCCAGUGCCAUCGACAACUUCUAUGACAACAUCGGGUUCCUGGGUCUCGUCCCGCCCAAACCCAAAGGUCCCGCGGCGGUCGAGGGAGGCGUCCGUGGUCCAAAGUCGUCCUCAGAGCAUCAGCAGCAGGAGCAGCAACAGCAGCAACAGCAGCAGCAUCAGCACCAGCAGGAGCAGCAGGAGGAGGAGGAGGAGGAGGAGGAGGAGGGCAGCCACUGGAGCUGCACGGAGUGCACCUUCUUCAACCACCCUUUGCUGAACCGCUGUGAGGAGUGUGACUUCCGCAGACACUUCUAGCCCUGCCCCACGCCCAAUCAGAGAGCCAGUAGACCACCCACAGGAGUGUGUGUGUGUGUGUGUGUCUGUCUGUCUGUCUGUCUGUCUGUCUGUCUGUCUGUCUGUCUGUCUGUCUGUCUGUGUGUGUGUGUGUGUGUGUGUGUGUGUGUGUGUGUGUGUGUGUGUGUGUGUGUGUGUGUGUGUGUGUGUGUGUGUGUGUGUGUGUGUGUGUGUGUGUGUGUGUGUGUGUGUCAGUCGUACCUCGCCCCCCCCCCCUCCUGUUCGCUGGGACACAGGUGCACCAUGGGAUACUCCUACUGCUCCCCUUCAGUAUUAUGAACUUCACACGGCACCCCGCUGUGUACCCUCUGGGGUUCGGUCUACUCUAGACCUGGUCCCGGUCCGGUCUAGGUGGGGUCUAGACCCGGUCCCGGUCCGGUCUGCUCCGUCCGGUCCUCUGGGGGGGGCGCCGGCUCGGCCUACCCCUCGCCGGGCCGUCGCCUUCGCCGCUCACUUCCUGGUUACAGGGUUCUACAUGGUAACGCUCACUUCCUGGUUACGCUCACUUCCUGGUUACGGUGGUGUCCAUGGUUACGGGGGUCUCCAUGGUUACUGCAUGCUUUGUGUACAGUACUGUCCGGAGAGGAGAGGCCCCUCCACCUCCUUCCUGUAAGUAUAGCGUUAUAGACUUCCUCUUCCUGUCUCUUACUCUGACCGCCUCUCUAACGGACGGAACCCUCGUCGUCACGAAGCCACGCCCCCCUGGGCCCGCCCCCGGGUCCAGGGGUGUGGCCUCGGUCUUGUUUACCGAACAUCAAGCCAGCCCCCCUUGCUCACCUCAGUUGACCUCAGUUGACCUCGGUGCGUUGUUGUGACAACUGGAAUAAAGGUUUGAAUCAAUAAAGGUUUGAGUCGCGACGGGACGACAUCGCCACACGGAAUCACUCUGACUUUGGGGGGGAGACGCCCGAUUGGCUAACCCCAUCGGGCGCCAUCGGCCUCCUCCGGACUUUACAAAAUCGCCUUAGACCGUCUGAAUCGGUUUUUCAAAAUAAAAGCGUGGACGUUCGAAUAUUUGAAGUGUUCCUGCGGUCCGGGCGUCGACGUCACCUGACGCUACGGACGCGCCGGGGCCGCCAUCUUUAUCAGGUCGCUUCCUCCUUCCUGUCUGCUUUCUUGGUGACGAUUUCAAACGUUUUCUAAUUGCAAAUCAGUUCCAGAAACUGUGUCAUGAUUAUUUUUGUGAAGUUUUCCCACAUUUUGUGAAAAAAAAAAAAAGCCGUGCAUUAGUGCCUGGGUCUUCGCUCUCACCAAUCAGUGCCUUAAAACAAAACCAACUGAAAUCGUACAAAGUGGGACUCCUGUUUCUAAGCAGGAGUUUGUUUUAUUACGUGGAAAAACAAAUUAUUUGGAUAUCUAAAGUGUUUUUUUUUAUUUUAGCUGGGAAAACUGUCUUUGUAACAGAUAAGUUAUUUGUAAAAAUAAUUAAAAAAAUCUAUUCUGGAAAAGUC